GCUGUGACACUGCGGGGAUGCUCUGAGGGGACGGGUGUUGGUGUCGCACCAGCGCACGCCGAAGGAGCCGGCGGAACGGGGUGGUCAUGGGGAUGUGGGCGUCGCUGGACGCGAUGUGGGACAUGUCGGCCGAGAAGCGUAUCUUCGGGGCCGUGUUGCUCUUCUCCUGGACAGUGUAUCUUUGGGAGACCUUCCUAUCACGGCGGCAGAGACGGAUAUAUAAAACAACAACUCAUGUACCACUGGAGUUAGGACAGAUCAUGGAUUCAGAAACAUUUGAGAAAUCUCGACUGUAUCAGCUGGAUAAAAGUACUUUCAGCUUCUGGUCAGGACUCUAUUCGGAGAUUGAAGGCACCCUUAUUCUUCUCUUUGGAGGAAUCCCUUAUCUCUGGAGACUCUCUGGGCGGUUCUGUGGCCAUGCUGGCUUUGGACCAGAAUAUGAGAUCACUCAGUCCUUGGUGUUUCUGCUGUUGGCUACACUUUUCAGUGCAUUGACUGGUUUGCCGUGGAGUCUUUAUAAUACUUUUGUGAUAGAAGAAAAACAUGGUUUCAAUCAGCAGACUUUGGGGUUCUUCAUGAAAGAUGCAAUCAAGAAAUUUAUUGUGACUCAGUGCAUUUUAUUACCUGUGUCUUCACUUCUACUUUACAUUAUUAAAAUUGGGGGAGACUAUUUUUUUAUUUAUGCCUGGCUGUUCACACUAGUUGUGUCUCUGGUGCUUGUCACCAUCUAUGCUGAUUACAUUGCCCCUUUAUUUGACAAAUUCACACCUCUUCCUGAGGGAAAGCUUAAACAAGAAAUUGAAGUCAUGGCAAAGAGUAUUGACUUCCCUUUGACUAAGGUGUAUGUUGUUGAAGGAUCUAAACGCUCUUCCCACAGCAAUGCUUAUUUUUAUGGCUUCUUCAAGAACAAGCGAAUAGUUUUGUUUGACACUCUACUAGAAGAGUAUUCUGUACUAAACAAAGACAACCAGGAGGAGUCUGGCAUGGAACCCCGCAAUGAUGGAGAAGGGGACAGUGAAGAAAUAAAAGCUAAAGUUAAAAAUAAGAAACAAGGAUGUAAAAAUGAGGAAGUGCUUGCUGUGCUAGGCCAUGAACUGGGGCACUGGAAGUUGGGACACACAGUCAAAAAUAUCAUUAUUAGCCAGAUGAAUUCUUUCCUGUGUUUUUUCUUGUUUGCUGUAUUAAUUGGUCGAAAGGAACUUUUUGUUGCAUUUGGUUUUUAUGACAGCCAACCCACUCUAAUUGGACUAUUGAUCAUCUUCCAGUUUAUUUUUUCACCUUAUAAUGAGGUACUUUCUUUUUGCCUAACAGUCCUAAGCCGCAGAUUUGAAUUUCAAGCUGAUGCAUUUGCCAAGAAACUUGGGAAGGCUAAAGACUUAUAUUCUGCUUUAAUCAAACUAAACAAAGAUAACUUGGGUUUCCCUGUUUCUGACUGGUUGUUUUCUAUGUGGCAUUAUUCUCAUCCUCCACUACUAGAGAGACUUCAGGCUUUGAAAAAUUCAAAACAGGACUGAGUUGCCCAAGGUCUGCAACUGAAGACAUUUCUGAUUAUUUCUGUCCUGGCAGCAUGUUCUGGCUCUUGAUGUUUUUAAACGUUUUUUUUUUUUAAGAAAAAUUAUUAAGUAUGGAAAAGCCAAGAUUUAAAUACAUUUAAUAUCUCAUUUCAAAAAUGAUUUUAAUAAUCCAUUUCUUAAAGAAAACACUGGAUGAAAUUUUGAGGCUUCAUGUUUUUAAAGGCAUAGUUUUAUCUUUAAAAUCUAGUUUACCAUCAACUUGUAAAAUUACUUGAGAAAAUACAGAACUUGUUUUAUUUACAUGCUUAUAUGGAACCUGCAUAUAAGGGGUUUGGGGGCAUAUGUUUAAAAGGGAACACCACCUCUGAAUCCUCUCUGUAAGACAGAAACAGUGGUCCUGAAUCACUGUGCUCAUACCUAAGUUGAGACUUAUUUUUACUUUCAUGCUGUUAUGAUUUAAGCUGGCUAAUCAGUAUUUUAAAUAAGGAAGAAAGAUAAUAAUUGGUAAGGCUGAUGUUUUGUAAAUGAAAGUAGUUAGAAAUAUGCUCUCUCCUGUUCUAUCAAAUUUCUCUGUUCCCUCUCUUGCUAUACACUGAUCAGGAGUUUCUAAUAAUGCUUUGAAAUCAGAAAUUAUGUGCAGAAUGUUUUAAAUCACUGGGUUUUGGUUUUGUUUUUAAGAAAGUCUUUCUCUUUCUUUCCACCUGGUGG